CUCUGGCUUCCUCCGUUUGUGUUUGAUAAUGAUAAACUUUUUAUUUAAUUUGAAGCUGCUCUAAAAAUCAUGAAUAAUUACUUUCAAUUUGAGCCAGCACCAGAAAAGGUGUUCGGGCAUUGUAGAUGUUGUUUAGAAGUGGGCUACCACCGAGAUAUCACAAGAUCUUACAUGGAAAAUGGCAAACGAGUGAACUAUAGUGAUAUUCUCCUUGAUUGUUUUAAUUUAUUCAUAUCAACUAGCAUAAACGUCAGCAGCUUGAUAUGCUUGUCGUGUGUGAGUUUCCUACUUAAAGCGAAAGAGUUCAAAGAAAUGGCAAUAAGAGCGGAGAAGCGACUCACCGAGACGUUGCUGGUGCAAAAUAACAAAGAAAUGAUGCUGGUCAAUGUACCAGCGGUGGCUUCGAACACCACAGCGAGGGCUUUAGGAAUGAACAAUGAUUCUAGGAAUUUCCACUUAAUAAUUCCACCUUUAGUACCAAAUCCAAAUGUGAAAGAAGUUGAAGCAGGAAAUGCAACAGCAGUAACAUCGAAAAACACAAUGGCCAAUGAUUCCAGUGACACUGGACUAAAUAAUUUCGGAGCCGAAUGUGAAAGAACACCUUUAUCGGAGCCACAUGUGAAAGAAGAAGUUGAAGAAAUAGAAGUGAAAUUAGAAGAAGAAUUUGAAGAAGAAGAAGUGGAAGAAGACAAUGUACCAGCAGUAACAGCGAACACUAAAGUUGGGGUCGAAGCAAUGAACAAUGAUCCCAGUGGCAUUAGACAAAAUAGGCAGUUGAUAAUUUCACUUUUAUUGGAGCCAGAUGUUAAAGAAGAAGUUGAACGCGACGAUGUACCAGCAAUAACAUCGAAUACCACAAUUGGGGUCAAAGGAAAGAACAAUGAUGCCAGUGACACAAGACAAAAUGCUGUCUCGGUAAUUUCACCAUUAUCGUACCAAGAUGUGAAAGAAGAAGUUGACGAAGAAAAUAGUAUCACUGUCUCGGCUACCACAAUAACGAAACCUAUCAAAGACAAUACAAUCAAACCGAAACUGCACCACAAAAAAGUGGUCGUCAAAGAGAAAACAGCUCACAUAAUCAACGCCUUGACCCUCCUACAAUACUCCAACAUUACACCGUUCAGGGGCAGUAAUCUUCUAUCGUGUUUCUACUGCAGAGACUUGUUCGACAACUUGGAUCAAUUUAAGGAGCACACCACCAUACAUAAACAGACUGAAAUCAAAAAGGCUCUACGCAGAUACGGCGUCAAAUAUUUCGUCGUAUACGCUGACAUCACUAAUUUGUGCUGCACGAUAUGUAACACUAACAUUCCGAACUUCAACGAAUUGAAAACACAUUUAAGCAAAGACCACAAGAAGAGAAUGCAUUUGGAAUACGGCGACAGAGUGAUACCGUUCAAACUGACACCGGAUUACGUUUACGAGUGUCAAAUGUGCGGUUUUAACUUCGACACCUUUGUUUCCGUAGAGCGCCAUAUGAACAGUCACUUCGGAAAUUACGUCUGCAAAGAAUGCGGAACCGGUUUCGUGACACAGCAACGAUUGAACAUGCACGUCAAGAACAAGCAUAUAGAGGGCAGUUACACUUGCGAGAUUUGUAAGAAGGUGUUCACAACUUUGCCGAAACGAAAUAACCACGUUGCCACAGUACACAAUAUGGCGAAACGUUUCAAGUGCACUAAAUGUUCGGAGAGAUUCACGGAAUAUAUUAAGAGGCAUAGACAUAUGGUGCAACAACAUGGUGUGACGCCGUCGCUGUACAAUUGCACCUUGUGCGACAAAUGUUUCGAUAGAAGACACAAUCUUUCCAAUCAUAUGAGACGCUACCAUUUAGAGGAAAGGAACUACCAAUGCAACCUGUGCUCGUAUAAAGGUUUCAAUAACAACGCUUUAAAGUUGCACAUGGUCAGACAUGACGGCGAUAAGAUAUUCGAAUGCGAUGUGUGCAAGAAGUCGUUUGUCAGGAAGAAGACUUUGGAGGAGCACAUGAGAACACAUAAUAACGAUAGGCGGUUCGCUUGUGGCGUUUGCGGGCAAACUUUUAUACAGAAAUGCAGCUUGCAAGGCCAUUUGAAGAAGUACCACCCCGAUUGUAAUUCGCAGUGAGGUGGCCGUUGGAUACGUCUCGAAGGACCAGCCCGAAAUUUUGAUAAAACCACUCGACUGAGAGAAUUUCUAUAGAUUGUGUGUGACCCUGAGAAUUUUGAUCCUCAUCAGUGAGUCAGUGACGAAAUCAAGGUUUUAAUAGAUAUCAAAAAAAUCUAAAGAAACAUAUCCCGGAAUUUAUUUUUAUCUGGUAUAAUCCAAACUUAAGUUCUAGGGAUUCAAAAAACGUCAAAGCGCUUAGAGAAAAAGUAAGGUAUAAUGCGAUUCAAAUAAGAAUAGGAAAGCCAAUGACCUCCAUCUGUCAAAUGUCGCUUGAAAAGUACGGUUUGCAAAAAAUCUCGGAACACUUUUUUAGCACUUAGCUGAUUCUAGAACAAAAACCAAACAUUUUUAAACAAACAAUAACAAAUGUUGAUAAUUAAUAUUAGUUGUUUUUAUUUUCAUUUAUUGAGCUUUGGCUAUGAAUACUAAAUCGUCAACCAAAUGUCACUUUAUGUUGCGUUCAAAAACUCAAUUUAAAACUUUCGUUUACAUAUAAGAUGUUCAUGCAUGUUCGUAUGUGACCUGCAUGAUCAUUCAUAACUUCUCCGGCGGUAAUGGAGAGAUGAGCGAAAUUGAAGAGCUAGAUUGUGAUUAGUGUUUUUUCACACAGUCUUAAUAAAGAAAUACUAUUAAAAAUCGGUUGUGUUCUUUCUUAACCUUAGUAAAUUAAUUUUAUUAAAAAAUCUGAUGUUUUCUCUCACUUAAUCUUAGUAAAUAAGUUUUAUUAAAUAGCAACAUUUUUGCUCACUCUACCUAUUUGGUUUGAACUGACAGCCAUGACGUCAUAAUAUGGCGCCCUGUCGGUCCUAUUCUUAGUUGAAUCGCAUUAUAGUGCCCUUGCGCUUCGCUUGGCUCGUCUUGUCGUCUUGGCGGCAGCACUACUGUGCCCCCAAAUAUAGUCUAGUCAUCAAAGCAAUAUCAGUUUGUUUAUCAUUGUCAAAUUUUCAUAUUGCUUUGAUAACUUAAUAUUUAUACUAUAAAUAAAUCCUUUGUAUGAUGAUGAGAAAAAAUGUUAUCAUUAUGACAUAAUUAUUAAUGUCAAUUUUGUAUAAAUUUAGACAUUACUUAUAU